AUGCUGUUCUCCAAGAGACGCACAACUCAUCCUUCCAAUAACGAAUACGCUGAGCCAGCCACAUACGAAUCAUUGAAAGCUGCGCAAACUAUAUUCCAGAAGCAUCAAGAGGAAGAUGGAGGUGCCACCUCAAUAGCAUCCCCAACACCAACUCAGAAUACGAGAGCUGCACAUAUGAAUGCACCAACAGCGCAUACCAAUUCUCCCUUGCUCCACACAACAGCUAUGUCUGAUUCUAGACAUUUGAGGCCCACAAGAAGACCAUACAAGACUACAACUACACCACAACAGACAAGAGGAUCUGGCUCUAAGGUCUCCGUGCCUCAGCUCCAGGCGGCACAAAUGGCUGCUGCUCUUGCACAUAAACAGGCCAUCUCAAAUAGAGAGAAGGAUGCAUCCCCGCCCAGUAAUACGAUCAAAAGAUCUGUAUCACCGUUGUAUCAUGCUCGUAGCAGUAAUAACAAUAAAGUUAAUAAUAAUAGGUCGCAGGAAAGCAUCAAAUCUACACCAAAUUGGGAGACAAUUCAGGCCCCAAUCCCAUCGCAUCAUCAUUCGCAUACUCAACACAUUGAACCACAUUUAAAUAGACCACCAAUACCGCCUACUGUGAUUCGUAGACGUCCACCACGUACAGAUACACAAUCUUUAAAUUCAAUACCCUUAGAAGACUACCAUUUAUUACCACCGCAUAGCCAACUACAACAACAACAACAACAACAACGAAUCAAUGCAUCGCCCAAUUCAUCCUUCUCCACAUCCCCAGCAUCAUCCACUUCAUCAUUAUUGGAGACAAGUGUCAGAGAACCCGACACAAUGGUGGAGACUCAAACUCAAUCGUUAAAUGAUCUCACUUUAGGGACCACAAGCAAUCCAUAUUCCAACUUAACAACGUCCAUUGUGCCCCGGAAGGAACGAUCCAAAGUGAAACGGUUAAAGAACAAGAUUUUAGGAUCCUUGAACCAAUCUACCUCCUCUACUCCUACACACUACUAUCAAGCUCCUGGGGCCACAGCAACAAACUCAUCACUCUCUUCAUCCACGGUCAAACUACGAACUACGUUGAGGAGGGAUCAAGACACGACUGAUAUGGGUUCCGGCGGGGGGAUAGUGAACAACGCAUCAUUAUACAAUGGUGAGGAGUUUUUGAGUCCCGGGAGAGAAUGGGAUUUGACUGAUGAUGACGAUAAUAAUUCAAUGGAUAGUGACCUGUCUGAUUAUUAUGAUACUAAUGAGAAACCGGACAUGGGCAAAAAGAGAGAACAAAGGCGUAGAGAUCGAUUGAAGAAACAUAUAACAAGGAACGCAGUGGUACCCUAUCAUCACCAUUCCUCUUCAAGGAAGAAAUUUAAUGAAGAUAAACCGUGGAAGUCUCAUAAGGAUUUGGAUUUCUUGACUGAAAGGGAAAGGAAAAGGUAUGAAGCUAUGUGGGUAAGUAACAGGUUUAGGUAUUUGAAUUUAUUGUCCUGGUGGCCCUCUGAGACUUCUACUGGAGCUGAUAAUGAUGAAGAUGAAGAUUCUGUAUCAAAGACAAAUAUCCCUGUGGAGUUACCUGAGGAAGGUUUGAUACUAAACUUGGUAGUACAACAGAUAUGGUGCCGGUCAAACUUACCCAAUAACCUGCUUGCAGAUAUUUACGACAGAGUGGAUACAAGGCAGGAUGGGACUCUGGAUAGAAGGUCGUUUGUGGUGGGUAUGUGGCUUGUGGACCAAUGUCUAUACGGGAGAAAGUUGCCGAAUAUGGUGGAUCAGAAGGUAUGGGAAAGUGCAGACAGGUACAUGGUGACUGUGACACAGAAGGCCAGAAGGAGACAAUUGAAGGAAGAGAUUCGUAACAUCAAGAGGGAGAAUAAGAACAACGGUGUAGUCAAUCAGUAA